AGUUGUUCUAGUAACGAUGGCAUUAUUCAUAAAUGAUAAAGAAAUUAUUUCAAGAGAAAGGUUUGUUCAGUUAAGCCAAACUGAAAAUGAGAUAUCUAAGGAUUGGAACAAUAGUAUUCCUAAAAACAAAGUAAAUAUCACUGCUAAGCUGAGCUUAGAAGAUAAAAUAUCUGCAGCUGUACAUAAACCCUCUACUCUACCUGCAGUAGCUUCCAAUAUACCUCAUGUACAUUCUAACCUACAUCCUGAUAACAUAACCCUUAUCAAUAUCAACAAUUUUAAAAUCAAUAUCAACUUUGAUAUUUGUAAUGUUUCACAAAUAGGAAUGGUAAUAAUUAUACACUCUGCAGUCCCAAAUAAGGAGGCUAGAAAUGCAAUCAGAGAGACUUGGGGUAACCCUAAUAUACCUGGAGUAAAUACAAGACUGGUCUUUUUACUGGGAAUGGGGCCUGAUGCUAACACACAAAACUCUGUAAUGUCUGAAGCUAUGCAGUACAAAGAUAUUGUACAAGGAAGGAUUCAUAAUAUUCAUCAGAAAUAGAGGGUUAAAAAUAUC